ACUCAGAGGACGACCAUGAAUCCAGGGAAUAAACUCGGACUUUUCCUGCACCUGAUGCUCCUGAUGUGGACCAGAGGACAGACCCCCACUACAGAGACUCUGGAAGUUUACUCUGGGACAAAUGUGGUCCUGUCCUGCUCCGCUCCUCCAGACACUGACCUGGAGGAAGUGAUUCUGGAAUGGACCCGUUCUGACCUGGAAAAAAAGGAUGUCUUCAUGUUCCGAGAUGGACGGCCAUACCUGUCCUAUCAGGACCAUCAGUUCAGAGGUCGCAUAGAGCUCAAAGACCCCUCCUUCAAGAGUGGAGACCUGUCAAUCAUCCUGAGAAACACCACUCAGCAGGACAGUGGGGAGUACGGGUGCCAUGUCAACAACCCGUCACCCAUCAAGAAACGCUCUUUGUACAACACACCACCAAUUAAAGUCAUUAACCUCAAAGUGCUCGGGCCAGAGCCUGAGAGGAUCCAGGCACAUCCUGGACAAGAUGUGGUCCUAAAGAUGGCGCCCGUGUACUUCCAUGUGACGUCCUUCAUGUGGAAACGCCCAGAGGAUCAGGAGCACUUUGUGUUUCUCCACGGCAUGGGCCACCCGCACCACCAACACCCCCAGUACCAAAACCGGGUCGAGCUCGAGAACCAAAACCAGACCCCAGACCAGAUCAUAGACCUGUCCGUGAUCCUGCACAGAGUCCAGCCCAGAGACAGUGGAACCUACCACGGCUACAUCGUCCAAUCACAGCAGCGCAGGAAGAGAGACAUCCACCAAUCAGAGCCCGACAAAGUGAUCAUCUUGGAGGUGACAGAGCGUGAGACCCGGGUACCUCCUUCCAGGGACGUGACAGGUGGAGGUUGCAGGUUCGAGGCUGGAUUUGGUUUUGUGGCCUCUGUCUUCAUCUCGUUGAUAUUUAUGUUUUUUUAGAGAGAAAACAUGUCAUUUAUUUUUUUGAUUUUUAAAUGAGAAUUUAAAAUUCAAACCCUCCUUACAGUUUAGCUGUAAGAUUUGUCCAAAGCUCCGCCCACAAGCCUACGUCA